CUGCUAUCAGAUCAAAAAGUUGCCAGCCUUGGCAUCCACCAGCCACACUCACCAGCCACAUCGAUCAUUCUCAUCCCACCAGUGGCCGAUUAAGGUUGGUUCUGUUCCUCCUCUUCCCAGGAAUUGACUUCGCUUCUUUCACGCCCUUCACCACCGCCUACAUCCUCAAGGUGCGCCCAUCUCGCGUCCCCGCAGCCCAAUUGACCUCUCAACUGACCACGCGAAGAUGCUCUCCCGUUCAGCUUUCCGCGCUGCCGCCAAUCCCACUGCCGUUGCCCGCCGUGGCUUCCAGUCGACCCGUGUCUCCCGCGGCGGCCAUGGACCUACCGCCGCCGGCGCAAGCCCUUACCACUAUCCCGAGGGCCCCAGGAGCAACCUACCCUUUGACCCUCUGAAGAAGGGCUUUGCCUUCAAGUUCUGGGGCUAUGCCGCUACUGGAUUCUUCCUCCCGUUCGGUAUUGCCGUGUGGCAGACGAAGAAGAACAAGCCGUAGAUGCAAAAGGGGGACAUUUGGAGGAGCUUCUUGGGCAUUUGCGCGGGAGGGCAGCGCAUCCUGUAGCAUAAAGAAAUGGUUCCCGCGAACAAUUGUACAGCUCACGACAGCAUCAAUGCAAUCUCUCCUAGUUUCCUGACCCUCUGCAGCCAGCCCAAAGAUGACGACCAAAACCACACAUCACAGUGUGACGUCGAUGACUGACUGGCCUC